AUGAAUUCACUCCUCUCCACUUCACCCUACCCACAUUUCUCACUUACCCAAAACCGCUCCUCUCUCUUCAAACAAGCCCCAAAACCAAUCCUUUUCCUCCACCCUUCCAAACCCCUAAAAUGCUACUUCAACAAUUCUUUCUACCAACCAAACACCUCUACAACCCACAAUCCCAAAACCCCAUCUCCAGAUUCCCUAUUGCUCAACCUCUCUGCCUCCGCCCCGCAGACUCCUGCCACCGCGAUACGCGGGGCUGAGGGAGACGCCAUGGGCUUAUUACUGAAGGAAAGAAUUGUCUUUUUGGGGAACGACAUUGAUGAUUUUGUAGCUGAUGCUAUUAUCAGUCAGCUGCUUAUGCUCGACGCUCAGGACCCUACUAAGGAUAUUCGACUGUUUAUUAAUUCCCCAGGUGGCUCCCUAAGUGCUACAAUGGCCAUCUUUGAUGUAGUACGGCUUGUAAGGGCUGAUGUCUCCACAGUUGCACUGGGCAUUUCAGCAUCAACUGCUUCUAUAAUUCUUGGUGGUGGCACAAAGGGCAAGCGCUUUGCAAUGCCCAAUACACGAGUCAUGAUACAUCAACCACUGGGGGGUGCUAGUGGCCAAGCAAUAGAUGUGGAAAUUCAAGCUCGGGAAGUUAUGCACAAUAAGAAGAAUGUCACAAAACUUAUAUCUGAGUUCACCGGUCGAUCACUUGAACAAGUUGAAAAAGAUAUUGAUAGAGAUCGUUACAUGUCCCCUAUUGAGGCUGUUGAAUAUGGCAUAAUUGAUGGAGUUAUUGAUGGAGAUAGCAUUAUACCACUUGUGCCUGUUCCUGAAAAGACAUCCCUGACGAUGAGAUAUAUUAGCUGGGCCAGUAUUACAAGUUUGUAUUUUAAGGUGGCUGGAGCUGUUGAGGAAGCUCACACAGGACUAGCUUGCCCUUGCUGCUGA